GCAGAAAGUCAAGUUUUGAGUUGGAAAUCACACAAGGUCAACACAGGUCAACACUCAAGACUCAAAAGUCAAGUCUGAAGAGAAGAAAUUAAGAAAUCAAAUGACAUCCUCACCUUCACCUUCACCUUCAAUCUCUUCUUUACCUUCAACUUCAAAUCAAACCAAUCAAAACAACAACAAUCACAAACAAACUCUCAAUCCAUCUUCACUUUAUCCUAUAACUGGCAAUUCUCAUUCAUCUAGCAAUCGAUCAACAUCUCAGCAUUCCAAAUCUAGUCUUUCAUUUCAACCUAUCAAGAUCAUCACUCCUAAGAAACAUCGUCUUAAAAAACCUCAAAUCAAUCAAACCGUACUCGAUGCAGUUCGAAACGUUGGGCUGCCACACACCCUUACUCAGACGCGCUCUUUGCCCAUCCCACCCUCUUCAACCACCCAGAUCACCCCCAAGCGUGUCAAGCCUCCAAUUCUUAAAUCUGCUGCAACAUCUCCACCUCUCAUCUUAACUCAACCAAAGCUUUCUCGGAUCCCCUCGAACGUUAGAUCGUCUUCGUAUCAAGGUACAGUCCAACAAUCAGGAUCAUCAGGGUCAUCGAGGUCGAUAAAUGCCCUUUCUCGACCCGAAUCUACGGUGACCCCUUCGCCUCCCGCGCCGUCUUUGCUUCCGGUCGAUCAUCGAAGCUCACCUGCUGUAUCGAUCAGUUCAAAUAUGACUCCCUCUCCAUGUUGCCAACCUUCUCUAGGUCCACCCCGUCCAUCUUCGCGUCAACAGCCUAACAGUGCGCCUAUCUCUAGACAAAGCUCUGUCGUCAUUAGCUCUGCUUCAGAUGAUGGUCUUCCAGCUUCAACCACACCUCCUAGGCGACCUCUGGUCUCUGACCCCCCGCGAAUCCGGUCUGGACAUCCUGAAGUAGAUUACAGUGAAAUCUUAGAGGACCUGCGCAAUCCGCCUCCACCUUUUACGGCACCAUCUUAUCCGCCCCCACUCGGUGGUCCUCCCGCAGCUCCUCCGUCGGAUAUCUCCUUUGGUCACAAUGGUCGGCCUCAUAGCCCUCCGCCAACUUAUGCACAAGCUGCGCCCGAAUGGGACCUCAGCCUGGAUUUAUCAGAGCGCGUUGCGGCUUGGGAUCGUUCACAUCGUGUCUGCACGCUCGCGGAGCAUGAUCAACAAACCGUCUGGGUCCCGAUCAGACUGGUCAUCGGUCCUUCACCACCAUCUUCACCAUGUGCACCUCCAGAAGAUUCAGGCUUCCCGCACUCCUCAGAUUCAGCACCCGCGUCUGACAUCAGUGCCACUAGCCAAUUGCCUCGAAGAUCCUCACCUUCACCGCCUCUUACUCAACCAUCAACUUCAAAUAAUUUGAAGCCAGAACUGAUAACGCUGCCCAGAUCCGGCGUUACUGCGAAUUCGCCAAAGCGUAUACCACCCCCGAUCCCCCCACCGCGUCCAGCCUUCAUAUAUCCUACCUUGCAAUCACGCCUAUCAACUGAUCCAACUCGAAGAAGACCACCUCCCCCGCCGCCGCCAUCCAAAUCGCCCAACAGUUCUACAAUUCUUUCGCCCACCCAUGCGCCCCUUCCUGCAUCGCCGGCUGAAGUGAAUAGUAUGUUGAGACGUGGAUCAAGUCUUCGGCGACGUCCACCGCCACCACCACCUUCAACAUCAACACGCGCAGCGAGAGUUUCGAUGAUCGCCAACAGAGGAGAAGGAUCUGUGUUGGCAAGAGAAGAGAGGGCAUUUAACCGUCGAAGCUUACCUGUUGAGUUGGAAGGGCCUCGACGUGAAGAAUUGAUGAAUAUAGGAAUAAGUGAAACAUUGGUCGAAGAAGAGGAAGAAGCUGACGAACAAAUCGUGAGUGAAACGGUGGUAGAAGAACUCACUAGGACGAAUGAUGAGAAUAUCACAAGUGCGAAUGAAGUUCAAGAACAUAGGUUUACUGAAUUGGAUUUAUUGGUCUUGAGAUUAGAACGAGGAGAAGCUACAUAUGAAGAAAUCCAAAUGCUUUCAGAUUUAAUGGGAUCUUCUAGUUCUCAUUCCUUAGGUUUGUCUGAACCUGGUAUUGGAAGAGGUAUUCAAAAGAUUGGAAUCAUUGAAGUGGUUUCAAGAAGGAUUGAUAAGGAAGGAAAAGUCAAGACUAAGUUUCGUGUGAAGGAAGGAGUGAGAUGUAAUAAAUGUAUGAUUUGUUUGUGUCAAUUUAGAGAAAAUGAAAGUGUGGGUGUUUUAGCAUGUGAACAUGUAUUUCAUGAAGAAUGUAUUUGUUCUUGGCUUAGAAGAAAAGCUGAAUGUCCUAUAUGUAAACAAUGGGUUGGAUCUUAAGAUUGAUAUAUCUAUAUCUAAUAAUUAUUUUUUUGAAUACCUUGGUGAUCAAUUCUCGAGAGAUUCUUUUGCAUUUUGUAUUUCUAUGAUUUCAUUAGGUCUGGUGUGGUGUUGCUGUAUGAUUGACCUUUUUUUUAAUAUUGUAUUAUAUAUCUCUUUUGAUUAUUAAGAUGGAAGUUGAGAUUGUGAUUGAAUGAGUUUUGAUGCUUUGGGGGGGCAAUAAGCUUUUAAACAAGCUCUUGUAUUUCUUUACUAUAAACCUGAUCUCAUUGACUUGAUUUUUACUUGGUAGAUUUAAGUGUGGGUCAACUAAUCUUGCUUUCACCUCGGGA